GUGUGGAUAUGGAACAUCCCCAAGUCCCUUCUUUUGAUGGUUUCUGGCAAAUGCCCAGAAGGGGGACUCAAGAUCACAGGGCCAUUCUACGUUUUUAUGACACAGGAUCUCAUGUAGGCCGACAUGCCCUUGGGACACUGGAGUCCCACAGGCUGUCAGACCAGAGCCCAAAACUUUGCCACCAGCCUUUGGGGACCAGGGCCUUGGGAGCUCCCUGGCUGGUGGCGGUUAGGCAAAGUCUCCUGUCUUGCACCUGUUCCUGUUCCCCCAAAGCUAGCUUCUUGAAAAGAGGCCUUGGGCCACAUUGCCACUGCGGCCCUGGCUCAUGGAACGCAGUGAUGUCAUAAGGGCUGGGCUGCAGAAGGGAAUUGUUCUGGAAGACAUCCAGUCUGGGUGCUUGAAGUCUCUGUGGCUAAAGCAGGAGGCGGUGUCAGAGCCAGACGGAGUCACCACCGCCCUAGCCCUACCGAUGACAAGGCAGUGAGAGCCUGUGGGGAGAGGGAGGGCUGAAGGCCCCAUGAGCCCCAGCCUCUCUCAGGAAGCGCCUGGCAGCAGUCCACUAGGCACAGAAGGUACUGAGAAACCCCAUUCUUGUCUCUUCCUCCCCAGGGUCUCCUGUAGCUAGCUGUUCAACUGAGGAUCUGAGUUCAGUCCCCACCCCCGGGUAAAAGCACACCCCUGUGAGAGGAGCCCUAGUUCGCACUGGCAGCUAACAACGACAGGCAAACUCCAGGCUGGGGUCGGGGGCAUGGUGGGGACCGAUGAUGUGGCUAGGGAAGACACACGCCUCCAACCUCUGGCCGCAACACGCCUGCACACACCUCCCACGCAGGAGAUGCCCUCGCUAACACCCAGUUUGUUUCGUCUCCCGUGCCAGCACCCAUAGCUGGUCUGUAGGUUCUCCCAUCUUUGCCGGGCCAACUCCACCACUGUCUACUUAACUCUGUGAGGGGAAGGACCUCUGCCGUGUACACCUGACUCCCCCCACAACCCGACCCCUGUCACCUUGUUUGAACACCCGUGUGCCUGGUCCCUGGCAAGAGGAUGUCUGACCCUAAGGAACAUGGUGACUCAGAGGGUGGGAGCAUCCAUGUAGCAAAAGCCAUUCUGAAGACCAAAAUCUACAACAAAAUGAAGAAGUCACAAAGACCUCAAGACGCAGAGACGAAGGCCCCAGGUAGCUGCUACUGGACGACAGAGCUUGAUGGCGAGGUAAAGCUGCGCAUGGGCAAGAAUGUGGAGAAUGAACCUCCGGUCACCGUGCCCGACCUAAUCAUGAGUGCUGCCACCAAGUACUCGCACUACCUGGCGAUAGGCUCCAAGUACAAGAAGAGCUGGCAGCUGCUCACCUACAUCGAAUACUAUGAGGCCUGCCGACGCGCAGCCAAGGCCUUCCUCAAGGUGGGCCUGGAACGCUUCCAUGGUGUGGGCAUAAUGGGCUUCAAUUCCACGGAGUGGGUGAUUGCCAGCAUUGGAGCCAUCAUGGCAGGCGGCAUCUCUGUGGGUAUCCUGUGCAGCAACUCACCCAAAGCCUGCCAGGUCAUUGCCGAGGCCUCUGAGAUGGACAUCAUCCUGGUGGACAAUGACAAACAGCUCCAGAAAGUCAACCAGAUCCAGGGCUACCUGAAGCAUCUCAAGGCCAUCAUACAAUACAGAGAAGACAUCCAGGAAGUACAGCCCAAUCUAUACUCGUGGAAAGGCUUCCUGGACCUCGCAGAUGGCAUCUCGGAUGAAAAACUGGACCAAAUCAUCGACUCACAGAAGCCUAACCAGUGCUGUGCUUUGGUGUACAACCAGGGCACCAUAGGGACCCCAAAGGUCAUGAUGCUCAGCCACGACAACAUCACAUGGACCACAGCAGCCACCGUUCAGAGCCUGGGGUACAAGUCUCCGCCUGAUGGUCAGGAGGUCCUUGUGAGCUACCUGCCGCUCUGCUAUGCUGGGGUCCAGAUCUUGGAUGUGUGGGUGGCCAUCUAUGUGGCUGGAACAGUCUACUUCCCCUCAUCGGAGGCAGGGAAGGGGAGUGGACCACCACGAGCCCCUGGCACGGGCUUCCUAACAGAGAUGCUCCACGAAGUCCAGCCCACCACGUUCUGCGGCAUCCCGUGGGUGUGGGACCGUAUGCUGGACAACCUGAAGACCAAACAUCUGGACUCCACUGCCUUCCGCAGGAAGAUCGACCGCUGGGCCAUGCGUGUGGGACUCAGCACCCACAGGAGGCGGCUGCAGGGGCAGAUCCACCAGCCACUGUGCUUCGGCCUGGCCAAGAGGCUGACCUUCGACCCUGCCAGGAAGUUCCUGGGUCUCAACCAUUGCCAGCAGUUCCUGAACCUGGGUCUGGGUCUGCCGAGGGCCACGGUGGACUUCUUCCUCAGCCUGAACAUCCCCAUCUUUCAGCUGUACGGCUUGACCGAGAGCAGUGGACUGCACACUCUGUCCAGCCACCAGGCUUUCCGACUCCUGAGCUGUGGGAAGGCACUGCCCAACUGUCACACAAAGGUGGAAAAAGAGAACCGCGAAGGCAUCGGAAAGUUGUGUCUGUGGGGCCGCCACAUCUUCAUGGGGUACCUCAAUGACAAGGCAAGCACGGAGAAGAAGAUGGACAACCAGGGCUGGCUACACACAAACAACCUGGGCUUCUUGGACGUUGACAAGUUCCUCUAUGUCAUGGGGAACAGCAACGAUAUAAUCACGCUGAGUUCAGGCGAAAUGGUCAACCCGAGUCCCAUUGAGGAGCGAGUGAAGACGCGCAUCCCCAUCGUGCGCUACGUGAUGCUGGUGGGCCAGGAUGCCCCAUACCUGUGCGCCCUCCUCACGUUAAAGUGUCAGAUCAAUCCGGAGACUGGAGAGGCUCGGGGCGCCCUGACCAGUGAGGCCGUGGCCUGCUGCCGGAAGCUGCGGAGCCGGUCCACAUGGUUGACAGAUGUCCUAGAAAACCGUGACCCCUUGGUCACAGAGUUCAUCAACCAGGGCAUCCAGGACGUGAAUGCGGAGGCACCCUCGGAGGGCGCCAAGAUCAUUAAGUGGGUCAUUCUAGACAGCGAUUUCUCUGUUGGCGGUGGGGAGCUCGGGCCCAUGUCCAAACUGAACAGGACCAUUGUGACGAAGAUAUACCAGGAAGACAUCCAGAAGUUCUACGAGAUAAGCACCUAGCAGCCCCGUGCAGCCCGUCUUCACUCAGGUGCUGGUAGUUCGUGGUUUUCAUUCUGCCUAUUAAAGGACAAUUUCUACAGUGGGGGAAGUGCUCUGGGUGAGGACCUGGGCAGAAGGCAUAUCCUGCCCUCUAGAGUUGGGAUCAAUUGUAAAAAUUAAAUGUGUUCACUUAAGAGGUGACUCUCACCCAGGGGUGAUUUUGUCAAGGGACACUGGGUGACAUCUAGCUGUCGUGACUGACGUGAAGUGGGUGGAGGUCCAGGACACUGCCCAGUUGCUCAGCAGGGCCGAGGCCCCUCAGAUGCCUGGGUAAGAUCCUAAAUUGUAGUGACCUCUGACCCAGGGAUCAUGUUGACACCUCAAGCAAAACUCCCAAACUGAAAUGGCUCCCACCCUAGACUUUAUUUUUACUUUGAAAACUACACUUUUUUCUCUUGGCCAUAGUCUGGUGCCCAGGCCCUUACACCAGGAUAGUUUUCAGUCAGGCCUCCAGCCCUUCACUGGGGUAUUCUAGGUGGGACUCCACCCUGACCACACCCCCAACCCCUCACUGGGGAUUCUAGACUGGAGCUUGAGUUAUAGUGUUGUGAGCUGCCAUAUGGGUGCUGGGAACUGAAUGUGGGUCCUCUGUAAGAGCAGCAAACGCUCCUAACUACUGAGCUGCUUCUAAUCCACUUAUACACUAUACUAAAUGAGAAGUUGAGGAAUUUCUGAGACCUACAGUUACAGUGCAAAUACUUCCAGCUGCUGCAACUCUGGUAAAGGGACCUGACAGCAGCCCUUGGGCAUGACGCUUAUGGGCAGACUUAGGAGAUCUUGUGCUGUCUUCAUCAGAACCAGCUGGGAGGGACUGCCCACCCCUACCCAUGCUCUCAACACCUCAAACUACAUUAAUGCGCUUCAACUCUUCAGUUUUUGUGUUUCCAAGGCAGGGUUUCUGUGUAGUCCUGAAUGUCCUAGAAUUCACUAUGUAGACUAGACUGGCCUCUGCCUGUGACGUGUUCAAGACAGCAUGUGCUGAAGUAGCCCUGGGACAUGUGGCUGAACACGUUCUGAUAGGAGCUUAGGACCUCAGGGAACUUCCUAUGAGCUGGGGCAGCCUGCGAGCACACACACAUUUACAACGGAGGAAAUGGAACGCAUCUCCUGGUGUCCUGUCAGUCUCAUUAAAAUGUAGGAAGAAAUGACACCCAGAAGGUUCUGGAAGAAACAAGUUUCCUGAGGCCUGGGAGUCAGCAGAGACAGCUUGAAAUGGGCACCCAUGCUGGAGUGGGCUCAUGGUGACAGUUCCAAGUAUCAAUCUCCCUGACUCUCUAAGCUAGCUGAUGUCUUUGGUCCGUCAUGGGGACCCCAUCUGGAGUGAAUCCGCAUUACCCAGAAAGUUGUAACAAAGUGCACGGUUCGGGUUUCUGGCUCCCAGCCUGACUUCAUCCUCAAAAAAAAAAAAAAAAAAAACCAAAACCCUGAGUAUGGGUAGUUCUUGUACCUGUCUGGAGGUGGAGAUGAUGAUCUAGACAAUGCUGGCAGUCCAGACCAGCAUUAGUAGGAAGGGACACCUCUGUGUGAGACAGACUAGUGGUUCGUGGUAAAGUUUCAAGGCGAGGCUUUGGUAUAGUCCUGUAGCUGUGUCAUAAGGUAGGGGACACUGGCAAGAACACACAUGAGAAAGAAUAUGUUGAGCUCAGGGGACGGGUUGGCCUCCAGGACAGCAGUCAUGUUCACAUGAGAACAUCAAUGAUCCCUCAAGGGAUAUCACCACCACUGGGACGUUAGCUGAGUAAGCACUACCACAGGCUGCUGCUGAGUGCAGGGCAAAGUGCUCAUUUAGUGCAGAGCCCUGGGCUCUCAUCCUCAGUACCAUACAGACCAGUGUGGGGUGCACACCUGCCAGCCCAGCAUUCAGGAGGGAGAGGCAGGAGGACUAGGAGCUCAAGGCUAGCCUGGGCCACACAACACUGUCUCAAAACAAAACCACUGUAACAAAAAAUGACUGGAGUGUGAAGAGGGCGAGGCUGCAGUUGGAACAUGGCCUGCCCUCAGCAGCACUCUCACAGAGCUUGGCUCUCCAUGGCUGUUGGGAGGUUGGGGGAUUCUGGGUGCACAGCCCUAUCUCUUCAUGUGCACACCAACUCUUCAGGCACUCACGGAACGUACAUAAAGACUUCGCCAGAAGCCAAGCUGAUGUAGCAGCCUGACUGGAACUCACUUUCGGAACUGCAAGCCACACAAAUCUUUUCUUAUUUACAAAUUACCUAGUCUCAGGUCAUUUGUUAUAGCCACAGACAGUAUUAUUCAGUGAUCCAGAUUCCCAACAAACUUGGCUAAGUCCAAAUUUAGUAAAUUCAAACUUUAUGUGCAUACAUGUCUUUAAUAAAAACAGUGCACAUGUAUGCUUGUGGAGACCAGACAGCAAACCUUUGUUCUCAUUUGGGAACUGUUCUCAUCUUUUUAAAUACAACAGGGUCUCUCACUGAACUCACUGGCUGUCCGUGAGCUCUAGAGAGCCCCCUUUUGCUGCCUUGUUUGGGGAUGGGGUGGAGAGGGCUCAGUGCUGACGAGUGCCUGCUGCCCUCCCACAAUCACACCACACAGCUCACAAGGAUCUGCAGCUCUAGCUGUCCUCUGGCCCACACCAGCACUUCCCAAUCACUUCCCAACACACACACACUUCAUUACACAUGGACUGUGGAUUCUGAAAUGGAACCCAGGUUCCCAAGCUUAUACAGUGAUUUUUUUUUCAAUGUCUCCCAGCUCUCAGAUUUUUUGAAUUGCCCAUGGAUCUCUCUGCAGGGCCCCUGCCACCUGGUGUAGACAGCAAACAUAAGUGAACACUCGUCUGACAGUUCCCACAACAACAGCUUUCUGGAACCAUGUCUAGCGAGCUGUACCUGAUAAGCAAAGUGGUUUGGGAAGGAAGUGUCAAGCCCUAGAGGCCAGAGAAGAGUCCAUUUUCACUGCUGAGCAUGAAUCCCCAGCUACUACUACCUGCUAACAGGACUCAAGAGGUGGCUGCCCUAUGGGCAUGGUGGCCAAGGAUUUGGGUUUCUGUAUGCCACCCAUAUCCAAAGUCUGUGAAAGUAGGUCCUGUGAGGGUGACACCAGAGGUUCAAGGCUCUACAAGGUGCAGGAACUUGGGGGUCCCUGCAAAAGGUGCCCUCUUUCCACUCCACCCCCUCCUUCCCAUCUUCACCCUUCUGUCGACCCACCCACCCCUCUGCAACC